AGCGGUGGCGGGAAGUGAAGCGAGGGAGCCGGUCCCACCCGGGAGGACAGAAACGCAUCAGCCCCCCGGGAGAGCACGCAGGGCCUCGGUUCUGCAGCCGUGGGUGUGAGGGAACGGGAGCGUGGGAAGAGCGCUGCUCCCAGUGCUUCCUCAGUGCCGGAGCAGUGGAACUGAAUGGCAGUUGUAGUGCAAGACAAGUUCAGGCUAUGUUCUUUAUGCGCAGGGUCUAGGUCGUGUGUUCCUUUAGGUGUUAUCUACCAGUAAAUAUAGCUGACAGGCUGCUUGCCUAAGCUUCAAAAAGAGAUUGGAAGCUGUGCCUACAGCUACCAUAGUGUUACAGAGGGAUCCAUAAGGACUGUCGAGUCCAACCCCUGGCUCCACACUGGACCACCCAAAACUCAAACUCUGUGUCUAAGACUGUUGCCCACAUAUUCUCCAAGUCAUCUCUUCAUGAAUGACUGUCAUCAGCUUUGGUUUGCUGAGCAGUAUUUAUCACCAAACAUCCCUAGUUGGAAGGCACCCACAAGGAUCAUUGAGUCCAACUUCUGGCUCCUCACUGGACCACCCAAAAUCAGACCCUGUGUCUGAGAGCAUUGUGUGAACACUCCUUGAAUUCAGGCAGCUUGAGUCUGUGACCAUUGCCAUGAGGAGCCUGUUCCAGGACCUGACCACCCUCGAUAUUUAAGGGUAGGCCCUGAGCACGGUGCUUCAGUAUUGUGUGUGCUCCUGCUGAAGUCCAUCAGAUUACGAAGAGCUGAGCAUCAGGUCUUUUCAAGAUCUCCUUUAAGAUUGUCAGAUCUUGUAAUGGCAAGAUGCUUGUGAAGCUGUUGGGUGCGUGCACAAAUUCUGCCUGCAAAUUGAGGUGUUUACUAACAACAAUGUCUGGUGGUCAGAAUGGUGACUGGAAACAUCUUGAGUUGGGUGGUUUCCCAGAACUUGUGUUCUCUUGAAUUCUCACAGACUUCAACAGAAACACCUGUGUAACCCUUAGCUUGAAUUAGUUGCAACUUUGUUCUUUCACGUAAGUAACCACAAUCAGAUGAAUACUUUGUACCCUCCCAGCCAUUUGUUUAUUAACUCAAUGUAUACACAAAGAUGUAGUGCAAGUUCCCUGAUCUCGAAGUAACUUAAAUGUGGCUCCAUGCCUGUGACAGCUAGAAAGGGCAAACUGCAUCAUCUUUGUGGCUGAGCAUUCGCACACAAACAACAUUAAAAAAUCAUUUAAGUGCAAUUGGUUUAAUCUCUUAUGAAAAGAGGUAAUCUUUUCAUGUUAAGCCAUUUGCUUACCUCACUUUUGAAGAACAAAAUCAGUUUUCUUAGAGAACCGAAGUGCAGCUAUUGCAUAGUGGUGCUGUUCUUCUGUAUGCUAGCAGCUGUAGAAUAGAAUAACUCAGAAGAGACCUGAGAUUUGGAAGCUGCCAGGGGAAGGGUGCUGCAGAAGCCCUAGUAAAAAAGAGCACUUUCCACUGUUUCCUUUCCCGUGGCUGGCAUUCAGAAUGGCUGCAGUGGUAGUGUCAGGAAACUCAUCAGCAAGAUGUACACCUUCACUACAAAAUGUGAAACCCUUAAGCUCAGAGGAUUUGAAACAAUCCUUAUAAAGCACAAUGAUUCAUGCCUGUCUUUUCCUUUGCUUCAUCUGAAAUUCAAGAAUUCGUUAUUUCUCUUUAACUGUCUCACUCUUUGCUACAGUGGUUUCUGCCAAAACAUGUCUUUAAUACAAGUUCAGGUACAAUUUCAUUUGUGACAAAAAUCAAACAGCUAUAUUCUCCCCACUUUCCAUUUCUGUGGAUAAAUUACGUAAGUAACCUGGAGAUUUUACAAGGAAGAAGUGGUCCUGCUACAUUUUUAAAAUAACAAACAACAAAAAAAUCUCCAUCUUAAUUUAAAAAAAAAAAAUUCCAUCACAUCUGAAGGAUGAGUGAGGAAGAAGACUUUCCCACUGUCUUCCAGAGAAUCUUCAUUUUGUUCGGGUGUUGUUUCCCAUUUUACAUCGUGGUUCUUCCUGAUGGGAGGGUUAUUUUCAUUCUCUGUUUCUCAGAACUUUUCCUGUAGAUGGGAACAGGGGAAGGAGCCCAGACGUGGCAACAUAUUCUCAGGCUUCUGCAGGACCACCAUGGCUUAUGAUGACUCCAAGAAGAAAGAAGAAUUCCUAGAGAGUGACCGAAGUGCUGAUGACAUCAGAGCACAUCGAGAGAAAAAGCGAUAUUACAAGGAUGUCGUGCAAGAGGAGGAGAGGAUAACAGCUCAGGACAGUGAGCUCUUUUCGGGGACAGAACAUCACAAAAAGAAGAGGAAGCAUUCCUCCGAUGAGUUCUGCUCCAGGGGUCUUUCAUCUUUGGAUCUACCAUCAAAGAAGAAAAAAAAAGCAGUUUCUAGCCCAUCCUCCACUGACAAAAACAUGGAUCUACUCAAGGCUAUCGCCACACCUUUGUCCACAAGCUCUAAGUCUUCAAAGAAGACCUCUGAAAAAUCAUCUUAUUCUUCCUCUGGACAUUCUGAAAGCAGAAAGGAGCACCACAAGAAGAAGAUGAGUGGGAGCAGUGCAGAGCACUCCGUGGAUGACAGCAGCUUCCACAAAACUAAAAAAAUGAAACCUCUUUACGUGAACACAGAGACACUUACUCUUCGUGAGCCCGAUGGCUUGAAGAUGAAACUUAUCCUUUCACCAAAAGAGAAAAGCAGUGCAACAGAUGAUGAUUCUUUCUCAAGAAAGUCCUCAAAGAAAUCGUCUCGAGAUGAACAAGGGUCAUUCCAUCUGGGUCACGAACUGCACAGCUUCCUGAAGUCAUCUCGGAAGAAGCACAAACCUCCAGACUCACAUCCCCCUUCUGAGACUUUUGGUACUGAAACAUCUGUUUUUUCAGAAGGCCAUGGGAGUGAGUAUGAGAUUUCAGGUAUGGAGGCACAGCCAGAAUCAGGAUCCUCUUCUGGUGGGGAAUUGGAGGCCGGUGAGCUAGUGAUAGAUGACUCCUACCGGGAAAUCAAGAAGAAAAAGAAGUCAAAAAAAAGUAAGAAAAAAAAAGACAAGGAGAGGCACAGAGAGAAGAGGCACUCUAAGUCUAAGAAGAGUUCAGGGCACUCUUCUGUGGCAGUAACAGAAAUAACAGUAUCACCACCUCCUCCUCCCAGCGCUCCCUAUGUUGUUCCUCCACCUCAUCCUACUGUUUUUCACUCAGAUGGACAAAUUGAGAAGAGGAGGAAAAAGGAAGAAAAGGAGAAGGAAAGAACUGAGAAGUGGGAAAAAGAAAAGGAAAGAGAAAAGGAGAAGGAAAGAGAAAAAGAGAAGGAUAGAGAAAAGGAAAGAGAAAAAGAAAGAGAAAAAGAAAAAGAAAAGGAAAGAGAAAAAGAAAAGGAAAGAGAUAAAGAAAAGGAAAGAGAAAAAGAAAGAGAAAAAGAAAAGGAAAGAGAAAAAGAAAGAGAAAAAGAAAAAGAAAAGGAAAGAGAAAGAGAAAAAGAAAAGGAAAGAGAAAAAGACAAAGAAAAGGAAAGAGAAAAAGAAAGGGACAGAGAAAGAGAAAAACCAAAGAAGAAAAACAUGUCUGCCUAUCAAGUGUUCUGUAAGGAAUAUCGUACCAAUAUUGUGUCUGAGCACCCUGGGAUAGAUUUCGGAGACCUUAGUAAAAAGCUGGCAGAAGUUUGGAAGCAGCUACCUGACAAGGAUAAACUGAUCUGGAAACAAAAAGCUCAGUAUCUGCAACACAAGCAAAAUAAAGCAGAGGCCACCACUGUGAAGAGAAAGGCAUCAUCUUCAGAUGGAGCUCCAAAAAUAAAAGCUUCUCCACCAGGAGCCAUUUCCCCUCAUAAGAAAUCUCCCACCAGCACUGUAGUGUUGCCUUCCUCACCAGCCAAAGCCCCUGAGACUGAGCCUAUAGAUGUAGCUGCACACUUGCAGUUGCUGGGUGAAUCUCUGAGCCUCAUUGGACACAGACUGCAGGAAACAGAGGGAAUGGUGGCUGUUUCAGGAAGUUUGUCAGUACUUCUGGAUUCUAUCCUCUGUGCUUUGGGGCCGUUAGCAUGUCUGACUACACAACUACCUGAGUUGAAUGGCUGCCCUAAGCAUGUUUUGUCAAACACACUAGACAACAUCGCUUACAUCAUGCCUGGACUUUGAUGGGAAAGGAUCCUGGGAUUUACUCAACUUCUGCGUGCACUGACCUGUGUGCACGUGCGUUACACCGGCACUCCCUAGGGGCUCCACAUGUAAUGUUUUUGAAGUUUUAUAUAUGUAUAUUACAUGCAUAGGAUUGUAUUUUAUGAAAAGUUGUGAAGCUGAGAGAACCAUAAUCUCUUGGUGGAUGAAAUGUGAUCCGAUAUGGAAAUAUUUGUAAAAGGAAUUCAGAAAGUUUUUGAGAUAUUAGCCUUAAAUACAGAUCCUUUAAUGGGGGAAGCAGCCAGAGAAGGUACUUUUGGAUGUAAGGAAAAACAUGUAACUGUGAGAGCAGUCAUUGAAACAGGUAGCCCAGAGAGGUUGUUGAAUCUCCAUCCUUGAAGAUGGAGCUUUCUCUAGCUGAACUUACUUUAGAAGCAGGGGUUGGAUGGUUUGGUUAAAUCCUUCACGAGUAUUCUGUGAGCCGGUAGAGAUGGUAGAAUAUUUUGGAUCAAGGAAUGGAACUGAACUCAUCACCAGCCCCAUUUCUGUUCUUGAGUUUAAAAUCUGCUUGAGGGGAAAGCUGGAUUGCUGAGCAAGGAUACAGAGAGCUUUGCCUCUUGAUCACAUCUUCUAAGCCUGCUCUUCAGUCAGUAAAUAGCUGAAAGUUGUCAGUGUCAGCUCACCGGUCUGGUAGCUGGCAUUUGAAAUGAAGUUGAAGAUAACAAUUUAAUCUUUUCUUGUGGACGUGCACCCAAGUCAUCCCUAGUUUGAUGUAUCAACAGACUUUCUUGGCUUCAGAGAACGGACUUCCUGCUGAUUUUUCCAGGGCGUGGUCAGCCUGCUUUGAUGGAGGGCGAUAGCAAAUGGGAAAAUAAUUGAUUGAAAACUUUGAUUUCUGAGACUGCUGACCCCCUUCUCUUUCACCAGCAGCAUUGAAAGAGCCACGGUGCUGCUGUGGGAUGGUGGCUGAUUGCCAGUUAGAAGCAGUUACAGCUGACCAAGGCACGUGUGUGUUGACAGGACUGGUCCCCCUUUCCUGCCACGUGCUCAGUGUUUGGCUUUCCGCUCCUCUAGAAGAGCUGUAGGAAAGCACCUGAUUUUCAUAUAGGCUUUUGUGUGUCUAUAUGUGUUUACGUGGUGUUCAUAUCAUAUGUAUUUAACUUUUACCAAUAUCUAACAGAUUUUAAUUUAUCCUGUACAUUACUGUGUACAUAUAUAUAUGUGUAUAUACAUAAUUUAAGAGCAGAAAUCCCUCCCUCCACAAUCAGUGGGAUCAGGUUCGCCUCACAACUCUUCCUGCAGGAAUCAGCUGUGUGUGCAGCACUACGCAUCGGCAGCACGUGGGGAAAACCGUGAGCAUUUGCAGAAACAGGCUGGCUUGUGAAGCUGAGUUUUCCUCCAGCACCUCCAGCCUCAUAGCCAGGUGCUCUGACUCUCACAUCUGUGUUCUUGACCUGAGCCUCCGACCCAGGCAGACACAUUUUAACGCAAAGGGACAGAGGGAUCCUCUUCAGCUUUGUCUUCUCUACAACGGAAACCUCCUGGAGAGCGACAAACUGCACCCAACCCUGCUGUAUUGUAUUUGUAUUUAAAAUUUGUACACUUUGUAUAAUCUGUAUCUUGUGGUAUUUGGUACUAGAGGGAAAACUUUGGCAAGACUUAGCAGUUUUUAUAUUUUUGUUAUUUCCUUGCCGUUUGAUCCAGACGCCCUUACAACACCAACCUUUUUGUACUGUCCUGACAAUAUAAUUUCUUUUUUAA